AGUGAUAUGACUCUGCUGGAGGGAAAUAUAGAGGAACUGGAAAGAGCAGCUACUCACCUGGUUCAAAUAUCUGAGGACUCCAAACCGAUUCUUGAAAUAUUAGAGGCUUGGAAAGAUCUCCAAAAACUGGUGCUAGAAAAUUCAGUUCAUGGGCAGCAGACUGUGCGCUUAUGGCAAUUCUUUAAAGGCUAUCUGGCCAUUAUCUCUUGGACAGAGGACACCCGGGCACAAAUUUUCUCAGACAAUCUGAAUGCCCAGGGUCUUUCCGAAGCCCCCUGGGAGAAUCUGAAGAAUAGUAUGGAGGCUAAAUUCAAGGAGUUUGAAGAGUUGGCAGCAUCCGGGUGGGAGCUGAUAGCUGAAAAGCAUUAUUUGAGUAAAACGAUUGAACUCGAUUCUGGAGCCGAUGUGACUGAGACAGAUGGCAUCCUGAACUCUAAGGUGUUGAUGAAAUGUUCAGCAG